AUGGAUAGUCCCAUUUAUAGACAUAAAAAAAACUUUGCCAAUUGGCAUAACUGGAUAUUCCAUCAGAAAUCAUCGUACGUAUACACUCCGAUAGAACUUUUCCAUUCCCAUUGGAUUAUUCCACACUAUCAUCGGUAUUGGGUCAUCGACCUCACCUUCGCAUCAGCAAACAUCGCCACAAAAAUUGAAUGGAACACCCUAGAUGACCUCCACGAUAGCGACCAUUACCCAAUCCUAAUCUCCAUACAAGAUCAGCAAACCAACUCCACCGAAGCCUACCCAAAAAGAUGGAAAAUCAAAAAAGCAAACUGGUCCCAAUACCAAAACGCAAUACUCGCAGAAAUCUCCAGACUCGAAGCACCAAACUUUCAAACAAAAAAUAGUUACUUAGACACUGAAUACCAAAACCACCCCAACACUCCAAAACCACUCCGAGCGAGAAUCCAAAGCUACUUGGCACAAACCAACCUAAAUCUCCAAAAAACAUUCAAAAGGGAAACAGUCGAAAUCAGCACGAACUACGAUCUCAACGAACGAGAAAAGAAAAUCACAGCCUCCAAAACAUUCUUGUCACUGUUCCAAGAGAUUAAAAACAAACACAUCGAAUAUAAAGAGUACUACGCUGAUGGCUCCAAAAUGGACUCUGAGACAGGCUUCGCUGUCAUCAGCGAAAAUAGCACAAUAGCACACAAACUACCAGACUCCUACUCAAUUUUUUCAUGCGAACUAUACGCAAUAAUGCGAGCUCUCCAAGAAGGAACACAAACAAACGAGAACAUAGUGAUCUACUCCGACUCCAAAUCCAGCAUACAGGCCAUAGGAGACCUGCACUCAACAAACCCCCUAGUGCAACAAAUACACCAAACUCUACACCAAAGCAAAGAAACCAAAGUAGCCAUAGUUUGGGUUCCAUCCCACCAAGGCAUUGAGGGAAAUGAGAAAGCAGAUGAAGAAGCAAAGAACGCCGCUAGAGCAGACCAGUUGAACCCCAACAUUCCGGCGACCUGGGAAGACACCAAGAAAUACAUUAAAUCGGCUGUAAGAAAGCAUUGGAUUACCUCCUGGAACACGACAUACAACUCAGAUAAUCAAGCAACACUGAGCUAUGAGACUAAGACACCACCUCACCACCAACUGACUCGCAGAGAUCAAUGCACAAUAACCAGGCUCAAAAUUGGUCAUACCAAAGUCACACAUGCUCACUUAUUUGAAAAAUCAAAUAGACCGAAUUGCGAAAACUGCAACUCCCCACUAAAUGUCAAGCACUUAUUAAUUGACUGCAACCUCUACACCAACCAGAGAAACAAACAUCAUCUAUCAGCUACGCUCCAAGAGAUACUCAACAUUCCAAUAGACAACCGAAGGCUUUUACAGUUCCUGAAAGACACCAAACUAUACGACAAAAUUUAA